UAUAUUUUAUAUCCCAAUGUCAUUGCUAUCACCGGUCGCAUACUUAACAAAGCGCACAUUUUUAUUAAAACUUGUUUACGAUGGGAGUACCAGCAUUUUUUCGAUGGUUAAGCAAGAAAUAUCCAUGUGUUAUUAUCGAGUGUAAUGAGAAUAAGCACACUGAUUCAGAGUCAGGCAAAACAAUUUAUGAAGACUCCACUUUACCAAAUCCCAAUGGCGUGGAAUUUGAUAACUUGUAUCUCGAUAUGAACGGUAUUAUACAUCCUUGCACUCAUCCGGAAGACAAGCCGGCGCCCAAAAAUGAGGAAGAAAUGAUGGUUGCAAUAUUUGACUGUAUUGACCGAUUAUUUGGAAUUGUCCGUCCUAGAAAGUUAUUGUAUAUGGCUAUCGAUGGAGUUGCCCCCCGGGCGAAAAUGAACCAGCAGAGGUCAAGAAGAUUUAGGGCCGCUAAGGAAACCAUUGAAAAAAGAUUGGAGGUUGAGCGCAUUCGCGAGGAACUAUUGACACGAGGCUGCAAGUUACCACCUGAAAAACAAAAGGGUGAGCACUUUGAUUCCAAUUGCAUUACCCCAGGAACACCAUUUAUGGAUCGAUUGAGCAAAUGCUUGCACUAUUACAUUCACGAGCGACUGAAUAAUAAUCCUGCAUGGAAGGGUAUAAAAGUUAUUUUAUCUGAUGCCAAUGUGCCUGGAGAGGGAGAGCAUAAAAUAAUGGAUUACAUUCGGAAACAACGCGCUCAACCUGAUCAUAAUCCCAACACUCACCAUGUACUUUGCGGAGCUGAUGCGGAUUUGAUUAUGCUGGGACUGGCAACGCAUGAGCCCAACUUCACCAUUAUUCGUGAAGAAUUUCUUCCGAAUAAACCAAGGCCUUGUGAUGUUUGUAAUCAAUUUGGUCAUGAAAUGGAUAAAUGUGUUGGGCUUGGCGCAGUAAGCAUAACUGGGGCAAAUUAUACGCCAGAUAUUCCUAUUGGAGCAGAAGUGAAGUAUAUAUUUGUUCGUUUAAGUGUUCUAAGGGAAUAUCUAAAGAAAACUCUGGAAAUGCCCAACUUGCCGUUCAAGUACGAUUUCGAAAGGGCAUUGGAUGAUUGGGUGUUUAUGUGCUUUUUUGUGGGAAAUGAUUUUCUACCUCAUUUACCUAGUUUGGAAAUACGAGAAGGAGCAGUUGAUCGUUUAGUUGAGCUAUACAAGAAGUGCGUCUAUAAAACUAAGGGCUACUUGACAGAUUCAGGGGAUGUUAACUUAGACAGAGUUCAAUUGAUAAUGACUGAUUUGGGAAAUGUUGAAGAUCAAAUCUUUAAAGAUAGGCAGCGUAGGGAGCAACAAUUUAAAGCCAGGCAAAAAAGAGAAAAUCAUAACCAUAAAGCAUUGGAGAAAUCUGUUUUCGGACCGACGGCAGUUGGACCUGAUUGCGGAGGAGGGAAAUCCAUAACGAAUUAUAAACAGGAAGCAGCUGCUGUCCGACAAGGAGCCACAAAGCGUACCAGUUCAGAGGCUCAUUUAGAUGAUGAUGAAGAAAAUAAUGACGAAGUGCGUCUAUGGGAAGACGGAUUCAAGAAUAGAUAUUACGAAUCUAAAUUUGAUGUAUGUCCGGAAAACCUUCAGUUUCGUUAUGCUGUUGCAUUGCAAUAUGUUCGGGGAUUGUGCUGGGUCCUUAAAUAUUACUAUCAAGGAUGUGCCUCUUGGAAUUGGUAUUUUCCGUACCAUUACGCUCCAUUUGCAUCUGAUUUUGUAAAUAUUCAAGGACUAUCUACAGCAUUUGAAAAUGGAACCAAGCCGUUUCACCCACUGGAGCAAUUGAUGGGCGUUUUUCCAGCAGCCAGUAGUUCACAUGUCCCUCAACCAUGGGCACAAUUAAUGUCCGAUCCAGACUCGACCAUUAUAGACUUUUAUCCUGAAGACUUCAAAAUAGAUCUUAAUGGAAAGAAAUUUGCCUGGCAAGGUGUUGCCUUGUUGCCAUUUGUUGACGAAAAACGGCUUUUUAAAGCCCUUCUACCACUUCAUGACGAUUUAACAGAAGAAGAAGUGAAACGAAACAAAAGAGGAGAUAACAAUUUAUACAUAAGUAAAUUAAGUCUUCACUACAAGACUGUUAAGAAGCUUUACAAUUCAUCGCAUAUUUCUGAAAACGGUGAAACUGCCAUAUCGUUUGAUGGAAUGAGUGGAACUAUUUCUAAAUCAGAACUAAAUAUUGCAUUGGAGGGAGUUUUGCAAUCUCCAAUACCUGGACUUUCAGAUAUAACAGAUAAUACGGCUUUAACUGCAUUAUUUAAAGAUCCUAUAUAUGCUGAUGAUUAUAUUUUCCCGGCGCGACGGCUUCCUAAUGCUGAAGAUCCUCCGCAAGUUUUACAGCCCGAAGGUCACAAAAACGGACCAGUUAUCGGCUUCGGUGGACACCAUCAAAGAGCUUACCUUCCGCCUGGUGCUCAUCGAUUAGCUUCAUCUAGUAUGAGAAAUCCAAGAAUGGAUAGCGGACAAUAUUAUGAAAACAAUGGUAGAAAUGGAAGAAAUUAUAAUUAUAAUCAAACUCAAGGAUAUUCACCAAAUCAAACUUUUAAUAGACAGUACAAUCAGAGGUAUAACGAUAGCAAUUAUAUUCAGCAGCAACAACAACGCAAUAAUUUCAAUAGUACCAUGAGUAACACUUACCGUCAUCCAAAAAGAGGCAACUUCCAACAGCACAACAACUAUAGAAGAUUUUAAUUAUGCCUGUAAUCGAACAAGACGCAAUUGCAAAUGAAAGAAAACGAGAUGGGAUCCUUAAUAAUGUGUUUUGUAUCUAAUGCGGAUUUGUAUCAAUGAUGCUGAUUUCAGCAGUUGAAUUUAAUUUGAUGGAAAAUAUAUAACGUUAAUCCAA